AUGCCUGGAGAGGUCAUCACCGAACCAAAUCCGCAGCCGUUGCCGUCGCAUUUGCCAGACUACCUUGAGCAGCUAUGUGUCGAAUUGGAUCGUCAAACCUUGAAUCCGAAGGCCUGUGAUGCCUUGUUCAAGUUCCGCCGAGCGGCUUGUUACAUUGCGGCAGCCAUGAUUUUCUUACAAAAAAAUACUCUUCUAAAGUCGGAACUCACAUUCGAUCAUGUCAAGCCUCGAUUACUUGGUCACUGGGGAACAUGCCCAGGCUUGAUAUUGGUCUAUUCUCAUUUGAAUUACCUGAUCCGGACAAUGGACCUGGACAUGUUAUAUGUCGUUGGCCCGGGACAUGGCGCACCGGCAAUUCUGGCUGCACUGUGGCUAGAAGGCUCGUUGGAGAGGUUCUACCCCGAGUAUUCGCGGAACAGCCAAGGUCUACACAAUCUUAUCUCAACAUUCAGCACAACAGCUGGUUUUCCAAGUCACAUUAACGCCGAGACCCCUGGCGCCAUCCACGAAGGCGGAGAACUAGGUUACGCAUUAGCAGUGUCUUUCGGGGCUGUCAUGGAUAACCCAGAUCUGAUCGUCCCGUGUAUUGUGGGCGAUGGAGAGGCUGAAUCUGGUCCUACCGCUGCGUCCUGGCAUGCGAUCAAAUAUCUUGACCCUAAAGAAUCUGGCGCAGUUUUGCCCAUCCUGCAUAUAAAUGGAUUCAAGAUCAGUGAACGCACGAUCUUUGGUUGCAUGGAUCACAAGGAGCUUGUGGCUCUCUUCACUGGGUACGGAUACCAGGUGCGCUUUGUAGAGGAUCUCAACGAUAUUGACACGGAUUUGCACUUCUCCAUGGUCUGGGCUGUGAAGGAGAUCCAUAAGAUCCAGAAGGCUGCUCGUUCGGGAAAACCAAUUCUCAAGCCGCGGUGGCCAAUGCUGAUUCUGCGGACUCCUAAGGGGUGGUCUGGUCCAAAGGAGCUUCAUGGCCAGUUCAUUGAGGGCUCAUACCACUCACAUCAGGUACCUUUGCCGAAAGCAAAGAAAGACAAGGAAGAACUAGCUUUACUAUACAAGUGGCUCUCAAGCUAUAAGCCAGAAGAGCUCUUCACGUCAGACGGUGAUAUCAUCGAUGAGAUCAAAUCCGUGAUCCCGACUGAAGACAAAAAGAAGCUUGGUCAGCGCAUUGAAGGCUAUAAUAGUUAUGUGCCGCCGAACUUGCCGGAUUGGAAAGCCUUCUGUGCAGAGAAAGGCUCUAAUGCAAGCGCUAUGAAAUUGACUGGCAGUCUUAUCAAUCAGACAUUCAAGGAUAAUCCCAGCACGGUGCGGCUAUUCUCGCCAGACGAACUGGAAAGCAACAAAAUCGAUGCGGUGUUCGAGGGCACGAACCGCAAUUUCCAAUGGGACGAGUUUGCCAAUGCCCGCGGCGGCCGUGUUAUUGAAGUUCUUAGUGAACACAUGUGCCAAGGUUUCAUGCAGGGUUAUACCUUGACCGGCCGCACUGGGAUUUUCCCAUCCUAUGAAAGCUUCCUUGGCAUCAUUCAUACAAUGAUGGUGCAAUAUUCCAAGUUUCUCAAGAUGGCAUUAGAGACAAAUUGGCACUCUAGCGUCAGCAGUAUGAAUUACAUCGAGUCUAGCACCUGGACCCGACAGGAACACAAUGGAUUCUCCCAUCAGAACCCAUCCUUCAUUGGCUCUGUCCUGAAGUUGAAGCCUAGUGCAGCUCGCGUGUAUUUACCACCAGAUGCGAACACCUUCCUGACUACUCUGCACCACUGCCUUGGAUCAAAGAACUACAUGAAUCUGAUGGUGGGCUCAAAACAACCGACUCCAGUGUACCUGACUCCUGAAGAGGCCGAGAGCCAUUGCCGCGCAGGAGCAUCAAUUUGGAAGUUCUGCAGCACGGAAGAUGGGACCCAUCCAGACGUCGUGCUCGUUGGAAUUGGUGUCGAGUUGAUGUUUGAAGUCAUUGCGGCAGCGGAACUUCUGCGUAAGCUCAUACCAGAGCUGCGUAUCUGCGUCAUUAACGUGACGGAUUUGAUGAUUCUUGAGAAUGAGGGUAUACAUCCACAUGCUCUGUCUACCGAGGCAUUCAAUACCCUCUUCACUCCUGAUAAGCCUGUACAUUUUAAUUAUCACGGUUACCCGACGGAACUGCAGGGAUUGCUCUUUGGACGUCCAAGUCUUGAUCGCGUCUCUGUCGCGGGCUAUAUUGAAGAGGGCAGCACGACCACGCCUUUCGAUAUGAUGCUUGUGAAUCGCGUGUCGCGUUACCACGUUGCUCAGCAUGCUAUCCGUGGUGGCUCGAAGAUAAAUGAGAAGGUUCGGGUCUAUGAGCAGGAGCUGAUCGCUCAGCUUGAGCAAAAGAUUGUGGACACGAGAAAGUAUAUUGUGGAAAACCAUAAUGAUCCUGACGGUGUCUAUGACAUGCCACAGUUUAACUAA